AUGGUUCAUUUUAUAAGUAGUAGUGCUAUCUUGCAGAACAAUAUUUGUGAGAUAUCCACUAUUUGUGCUUCCAGAUUUAUCUGGAAGGGUCUCCCUCAAGGCUCUGUCCUCGACCCCUUGCUCUAUAGUAUUUAUACAUAUGAUCUCGAUUAUCUCGAUAUGUCUGUUAAUAACUUUUGUAUCAUUCUGCAGUAUGCAGACGACAUAGUUUUGUAUUAUAGUUCAGAUUCAGUAGUAAAUUUAUCUUUUCGACUCAACUCUGCUUUACAUUAUCUAGGUCAGUGGCUGUGUGACAACGGUUUAUCAUUAUCGAUAAACAAAUACCAGGCUGAAACCUUUACCAGAAAAAGAGUAGCCCCUGCCUUUGAUUUGUUUUAUGAGGGUGAGCGCAUCAACCUAGUGGACAAGGCAAAAUUUCUGGGUAUAAUACUCGACAGCAAAUUGAACGGAUUUUCCCACAUAGAAUAUAUUUCCAAAAAGUGUGAAAAAUUACUUAAUGUAUUAAGAGCAGUAUCAGGUGUAUGGUGGAGUGCACAUCCCUACUGCUUAAAGUUAAUUUAUGAUGCCCUUGUACGUAGCCAUAUGGAUUAUUGUCUGUUUGUUUUAGACCCUUUUAGUAAGUCGCUAUCACAAAAGUUAGAUAAAAUCAUAUACUACUCUAAGUCUCUACUUCCUUCAAAGCCCUUACCUACAAUGUUCCUAUCGUCACAUUUGGGUCCGAAGAAAGGAGAUCCUGGUAUAAAGUUAAAAUUUCCAGAAAUUCUUCAUCAAAAUUGGUUAAAUUAUCAUCAAAUAUAUACUGAUGCGUCAAAACUUUUCCCGUCCAACUGUGUCGGUGCUGCCUGCUGGAUCCCUAAAUUUAAAAUCAUCCUCCAAUUUAAAUGUCCCCCUGAAAUAUCUGUGUUUUCCGGUGAAGGUGUUGCUAUACUGGAAGCCAUCCUCUUUGCCCUUUCCCACGACUUGGCACCGACGGUAAUCUUUACUGACUCACUAAGUUGUCUCUUAGCCAUUAAGGAAAAUCCCUUUCGUAGCAAAUUGAAAGAUUCUAUUGUUUUUAAGAUUAGAGAGGCUUUGCUCUCUUGCAUUUAA